AUGCCUCCAGUUCAACAAGUUCAAUACGGUGCUCACCAGCCAUCCAAUUUUGACAAAUUCAAAAUGGGUGCUAUCAUGGGAUCAACUGUUGGUGUUUGUGUUGGUGUUUUAUUCGGUGGGUUCUCCAUUCUUCAAAAUGGAGCAGGGCCAAAUGGUGUGAUGAGAACCUUAGGUCAAUAUAUUAUGGGAUCUGUAGGUACUUUUGGUUUAUUUAUGUCCAUCGGUUCAGUCAUCAGAUCUGACCCAACCUACCAGGCAUACCAACAGACUAUGAUAGCUUCCCAACAGGCAAAGUUGAGAGCUAUCUAUAGACAACAAUAA